AUGAAGAUGUUAUUUAUAAUAAUGAUUUAGUUUAUAUUUUUCAUAAUAAAACAAAUGGGUCAGUUUUUGAAUGUAGAGAUUUUGAAAUAAAAUAAAGAAGAAAAGAAAUUAAACAAAGUAACAUAUAUAUAAUUCUGGGAUUAAAAUAGAGAAAAAUAAUUAAAUUAAAUAUAAAAAAAUGAUAAUAAUAAUAAUAAUAAAAAUAAUAAUAAUAAAAAUAAUAAUAAUAAUAAUAAUAAUAAUAAUGAAUAAUUUUUACCAGAAUUUAAUUCCAAUAUAAUUUUCGAGAGAUUAAAGCAUUAAAAAGAAUUUAUUUUUUAAAUAAAUGAAUGCCAUUUUAUAAAUAAAAAAAGUCGACAUGGAUUUAGAUUUGAAAAAAUUUCUGAAACAUAAAAAAAUAUAUCUUAUUUGCUCUUUCUACUUAAGAACUUUUAUUUUGUUUUUGGAGUUAUUUAAAGGAAAAAAGUAUUUUUUCAAUAAAUUUUUUUCAAAUAAUUUCAAGAUUGA